AUGUUCAAGCGUUCGGGGACGUUCCGGAAGGCCUCCGACUCCGACCUGGCGGAACGAGCCGUGGCCUUCACCAGCGAGCACGAGUUCGCCGACAUCUGGUGGUACCCUGGCCACCGCGUGGCUGUCUACAGGAUCGACGACCGCGCUUCCGGCCCACCUCCACGCUCGCCAUCCAGUCCGUCAGACAAUCUGGUACCUCUACGCCGCCAAUCACCAUUGAUCGAAUCUCAGCAAGCAAGUGUUCUUGAUGAAGAGGAUACCGCGGAAGCCACAAGGGACGCCCAGCUCAGGUGCGCCACCGCCGUCACGGCGUCGGCGCUCUUCACCACCGCGAACUACGGCCUGACGGCGGCGGACGGCCUGCUGCCGACGCUCCUCGGCCAGACGGCGGUCGGCUACCAGAACCGCAUCCAGUCCUCGGGGAGCUGCCUCGACGGCCCCGACAACGCCCUGCUCACCGCCUGCGUGUGGGACCGGCGCGUCCCCGGCGGCGUCUUCUUCUUCCAGGCCGCCAUCAGCGUGCCCGUGUCCAAGGCCGCGGACUUCAUCCGCGACGUGCAGCGGCUGCGGGACCUGGACCCGGAGGCGCUCUGCGGCCUGGAGGUGGACGGCGGCGUCCUCAUCCGCUACGUGCGGGCCUCCGCAGCGCUGCUCGGGAAGCCCGAGGACAGCGUGGACUUCGACAUGACCUACUACCGGAGCCGCGACCCCGCCGCGCCGCGCCUGCACGAGGACGCCCUGGAGGAGAUCGAGCAGAUGGCGCUGCGGAAGUACGGCGGCCUGCCGCACUGGGGCAAGAACCGGAACGCCGCCUUCGAGGGCGCCGCCGGCAGGCUCGGCGCGGCGCGCGCUGGGGAGUUCCUCAGGGUGAAGGGCGCCUACGACCCCGACAGGCUCUUCUCCAGCGAGUGGAGCGACCAGGUGCUGGGGGUCGCCGGCGGCGUGAGCGUGGUGAGGGACGGGUGCGCGCUCGAGGGGCUGUGCGUGUGCUCCGAGGACGCGCACUGCGCGCCGACCGAGGGAUACUUCUGCGAGCCGGGGAGGGUGUACACGGACGCCAGGGUGUGCCGCUACCGUGGUAAGCACCGGUGGUACUCUAUUUUCUUCCUUAAAAAAAUAUUUUUACCUAGUCAUUAAAAUUCUCUCUGUUACAUUCAGUUUCUCCACAUCUAUGUAUCCUUCUCCACUCUAUACUAACUACCAUCAUACGAGACUCAUAUAUCAUACAGUAUUUAUUUUUUUACACCCACCACCCCACCCUCUCUCUCCUCCCUUCUCUCUCCCCAGGCAUCCCUCUACAGCGGCGGGCGGCGGGGCGGCACCAGCUCCUGGGCGGAGCAGG